UUGACGCGUCUCCCUUCUCGGCGCCUGCUUCGUUGGUUGCCUUCAGCGGACGCCACCGAUUCGGCUCUCCUGUUCGGCGCCGUGUCUUGCGACAGACAAUGCUACAGUCUGGAGUACAUGGAUUAGAUGGGUGUUGUGCACUGCUUUUAUAUGGAUCUAAUGAUUGUGGCCUUGAACGUUCUCGCCAGGCAUAUCUCAUGUUUUUACAUGGAUUAGAUAAGUACAUGAAUCUUUAUUUAGGCCUGUUUGGUUACUUUAGUCUAGGGGACUAAAGUUUUGUAAUCCAUAUCCAGCUUGAUUUGAGGGACUAAAAGUAUCCAUAACGCAUUAAAUGGCUCGUAAGAAACCAAAAUGCCUCUCAUCAUUCUCUGGCAUUAGAGCAUCUGAAAUAAAUGAGAGCCAAAAGUGGAAUUAAUAUGGUUUAGUCCCUUUUAUCACCCCUUAAGGGACUAGAGACUAAAGCACUUUAGUCCUUGUUUUAGUCCCACUAUUUGGCAAUUUAUAGACUAAAUGAGACUAAAAUGGAGGGACUAAUCUUUAGUCCUUGGAACCAAACAGGCCCUUAACCCGAAGGUAAUUGAGAUUGCGAAGAAGAUGAAAGAGGAGAGGGUCAAGUUGUUUACUUCAGAAUAUUUUGCUUACAGAUGAUACGACUAGAUCAAAUCAGUUGCAUUGUGAGUUGUGACAUGUUGGCAGGAUGUCAGUUUCCCUUUUCACCUGGCUCUUGUUUGCUUCCUGUGUAAUUUGUGUAUAUCCCUGUGAUGAACAUUUUAGUAAUCUGGGUGCUCAUUCAAUUGGCGCGCCCUCCUCAUCACUCUUAGAUGGGGAGGUUGAAGGAACCCAUAUCGAUGAUGUAUACACCGUUGAGAUGUUUGCUUCUCGUGUAAUUUGUGUAUAUCCCCGUGAUGAACAUUUUAGUAAUUUGAGUGCUCAUUCAGUUGGUGCUCCCUCCUCAUCACGCAAAUAGGUACUGAAGCCCAUAUGACUAUGCAGAUCUAGGACAGAAUGUUUGCAAUAAAUACUGACAUGGAUAUCUAGCUUUGGCUUUGAAAGAUGUAGGGAUCUUUUGUUAAAUUGAUUUACCUAGGGUCCUGCUACAAGAGCUUACCUGUUACCUCGUUAUAUCUUUGUGAGAUUACAGCAAAAGUAUCCAAUUUCUACAUAUUUUACUGCUACACAGAUCUGUCUGUCUGUUUGGUCAUGGAUAUGGUUCGGUUUUACUGCUGUAAAAAGGGAUUGAAAAAUCUGCAACCUGAUUUCAAUUUUUAUUUUUUAUUUGCAUCACGAUGAAAUGGUAGGGUCCUCCCAGGACAAACCAUGCUCCGGAGACAGAGGCGGCAGAGCUGGGGCAGGAGCAGAGCCAUCACAGAAAUUCUUGUCUCCAGCCGCGAGAGGUCUCAGACAGAUAAGAUGGUCGACGGCAUGGACUUCGAGGAGCUCUGCAGCGACUUCGAAUGCAUAAGCAGCCCCUACGUGGAGUCCAUAAUGAGGCAGGUCGCGCGGGACAUCUUUGAGCUUCGCGAGGAUAACCGCGCAUUCAGCUGCUACGCCGUCCCCGUGAAGCUCCUUCCUGAUGAUAAUUUAUAAUUAUAAAUCGAGGAAACUCCAAUAAGUUUCCUUCCUUUUUUUCCUUUCGUUUUUCUCCCUUCUCUGAUUUUUCACUGUGGAGGGACUGGACUUCCGACAAAGGAAAUCACAACAUUGUAUAUGAUUGACUUGUAAUAUGUUAGUAAAUAUAUCUGUACGUUAUGACAAGAGAUAUAACUUGUUUUAGGGCUAGUUUGGUAACUUUAUUUUUUUCAAGGAAUUUUUUCAUUUUUCCGAGGGAAAUUAGUUCAUUUUUUACAGGAAAAAUGUAAAUCCCUUGAGAAAAAUGAGUUGCCAAACUAGCUCUUAUCUAGAUAAUUUGUAGCUCAAAAUUUUACAUCCAACAAACAAGGUGUAUAUA